AUGCGCUCCUCCAGCUAUGACCGCACCGACCCACCCUCUUCAGAAAACUACCAACUCUCCGACAAACGCCAUGGCCGUAACACAUCCGCUCGGCGCGAUCCGUACCAUUACUACGGAGGCCGUGCCAUCACGCUUUCAGAUGACAGGGAUGAUAGUAGUGUGAAGAGUAUCCUUGGCAAGCCAGGGAUCACAACAACGCAAGAGGUCUCGGUGACGUAUGAACAGAAUAUGAAUGCUGACAGAGGGCUGGAGAGAUCGCGGGCUGUUGUUAGUCCGAUUAAUCCCACGGCACGAUUCUGA